GAUGAAGAUCGUGCUAGUUAUGAUGAUAUUUCUAGUGAAGAUGAUAUGAUAGCUGCUGAAGUUGAUGAAUUACAGGGUAUUGAACUCUAUGAUAUAAGUGAAGAUCCAUGGAAUUUUAUAACUUCCAGUUUUAAUCCUUUACAAAGUGAACUUAUUCCUCUUGAGUGUUAUGAAAGCCCAGCUUUAUGUAAGUUUGAAGUGGAGAAGAAGGCUAGUGAUAUACUAGAUAUCAGUGACAGACCAACAGAAGCUGAAAGUAUAUUAGACCUAAUAAAGCAAUUUGCAGAUGCGCCACAUCACGACAAAUGGGUAGAAAGUAUGGAAUCUCUACCAACACUGUUUGAUAAUGGUUUAACUUAUCUUAUUAUAAAAGAAGAUAAUACAGCUGUAGUAGAAAAGAUUAUAGAAUGGACUAUGGAGGGAGUUGAUUUAGAUAAGGCAAUGAAACAACCAGAAUCAGCUUUUAAAGUUCGACAUUUAAAGAUGGGCAUUAAACUAACUGGUGCUUUAACCUCAUUUAGUCCUGAUUUUGCUAAGAAACUAAUACUAAAAGAUAUCCAACAUAAGCUAAUAAACCUAUUUGUCAGUCCUUAUAUGGCAUUUAGUGUAAAAUUGCUGAUAGUACAAGCAUUAGAUAAAACUGUCCGGUUUAUUGAUGGAUUAAAUUGGUUUCUCGGGACUCAUACUAAUCAAAUACCAAAUAAACAAACUUGUUAUCAACGUGUACUGGAAAUCAUGAUGGGAAAACAGUUGGUUAGAACAACAGUAGCACUAUCCUGUUUUCUUAAGAAAAUUCAUGUUUUUGAAGUUCUAAAGAAUUUUUCAAGAACCGUAACAAAUAUCGUCAACAGUUCAUCAACUAAUGAAGAUAAAAUAAAUACCAAAUUAACAGAAAUCCAGGAUUGGUUGGCACCGUGUCAGAAACAGUCUUAUGGUUACGAGGGUCUGUCUAGUAUGAUCAAUUUAUUAAAACAUACAUCAGAAGAGAUCCAGAAACAACCCAUGCCUUUAGUGACAGUUUUACGUCUGCUACACAAUCUAGCUAUACCAUCUGAUACUAGAUUCCCUGAUGAAAAUCCAAAAGAGUUAAAGUAUAAAUAUGCUCUAAUAGAACUAUAUAGUGCUGAUUGUUUACCAAUAUUAAUGACAAUACUACAG